AUGGAUGCUGAAGAUAGAAUCAGCCGUCUACCAGAUGAGCUUAUUGGAUGCAUCCUAUCCUUCAUCUCCACAAAACAAGCAGCUUCAACCUCAGUGCUCUCGAAGAGAUGGAGGAAUGUUCUUGCUUUCGUUUACAAUCUCGAUCUCGAUGACCACGAGGCUAAACGAAACAGGCACGGGGGUGAAACUUCGAAGAGAUUCACGGCUUUCGUUUCAAACUUGCUUAAUCUGCAAGGCGGUUCGUGUUUAAAGAAGGUCACUUUAAAGAGUCAUGUUGGUGUUCGAGGAUUUCUUGACCGAGCUCAUGUUCAGAACUGGAUAUGUAAUAUUCUCGACCGUGGUGUUGUGGAUCUUGAUCUGGUCAUCACUUUCCUUGGAAAAAUUCCACCAGUGUUUACGUUGAACUUGAUGAGCAAGACAUUGGUUAAGCUGAGACUAGGAAGUCGUGAAUUUGAGUUCCCCUUUGCGAAUUCUUCACUGUCUUCUCAAUUCUCUCCGCCGGAGACUUCUUCUUCUCCGCUUAUCUUUGAUGAUUUUGACGACAGCUCUCCGGAAUCUGUCGCACCACCUACUGUGAUUCCGUCAUCUUCUUGUCAGCUUGAGAACACGAAUUUGCAACCUGUUACUACUACUACGCAGCCCGAGACUGAAUCUCCAACAGAAACUUUGUCUACUGAAGUCUCGUCGUCCUCCACUUCUUCCGAUGAUGAACAACAUAGUGAUUCUGAAAUUAUCACGCUACCAGUCACGACUGAAUCAUUACCUGUAUACGGACCUGAACCUGAACCACUUGGUGUUGAUGUUAAGUUGGAUUCCCUCGUUGAAGCUAGACUCGAUCAUAUGUUGUACCGAGGGGGAAUAUCGGUAACAACAUAUGGAAUUGGUGUUCACGUUGAUAUGAUACAUCUCAUCAAUGCAAUCAGUAACGUUAGGGUCCUUCACUUAUCUAGUGUUUUCCUUGAGGUCAGUCUGCUACGUACUUCCUUUUACAUUCUUCUCACAUUUGUUGCUCAAUUAAAAGAAAAGAAAAAGAUAAACCAUUUAGGAGCAUGA